AUGAAACUUUCGCCGGCGAUUUUCGCAGCGCUCGAAGUCGCAAGUGCUCAGCGGGAUCCUUGGAGGCUUCCAACAACCCUUGACCCGCUGCACUACAACAUCCGAAUCAAAGCCUACCUCGACCCAGAAGACCAAGGAGAAGACAAUGACACGAUCAACUUUCCAGCCAAUACCCAGCAGCAUUUCGACGCUUCUGCCAGGAUCAAGAUGAACUGCACCGAGCCAACUAGCGAAAUUAUUCUCAAUAGCUUGUAUCUCGAUUUUGACGCGGGUCAAACUUCGCUCAAACGAGGAAAUGCUGACGUCAAAAUUAAUUCCGUCGUUUUUGAUAAUGAUCUCGAGCAAAUCAACGAAGAAAUCGACCUAUCAAUCGAUUACCGAGGAUAUCUCCAGCCCAACAACUUCGGUUUCUACAUCAGCUACUACGAAAACGAAGGAGUCCGCAACUACGUCGCUUCUUCUCAAAUGCAAGGCCCAUACGCUCGUCGAGUUUUUCCCGGCUUCGACGAGCCCGGUUUCAAAGCUGAAUACUCAGUAACGAUGGAAUACCAGCAGAAAAUGCCCUGGUCGAAUCUGGACUACUAUCCUCUUUCGAAUAUGCCAUACAAAGGGCAGGCAGCGUGCAACGGAAAUUGGUGUACUCAGGAGUUCGAGAAAACAGUGAAAAUGUCAAGUUAUCUGACUGCGUUUGCGAUUGUUGACUUUGGCUCGCUUAUCGGCGAAAAAGACCAGCUGAUGUCCGCCACUGGAACUGACAACCCAAUGUGGUUCCCAGCAAUUUCCACCGAACGCGUUACUGACCAAUUCGGCAGCGUCCUCCGAAGCUACAAAGACAUGGGCGUCGAAAAAGCUGAUCAAAUCGCCCUGCCCGAUUUCAACGCCGGCGCCAUGGAAAACUGGGGAUUGGUGACUUACAGAGAGCAAAGCUUGCUCUACGACAUGAAUCGAGAUCGAUUCGACAGAAAGUUCUACGUCGCGAAUGUUGUUAGCCACGAGAUGGCGCACAUGUGGUUUGGCGAUUUUGUCACUUGCCAGUUUUGGGACGAGCUCUGGCUGAAUGAGGCUUUUGCUACUUUCAUUUCUUAUGUCGGGCUUGAGGAGAAUAGGGAUUCAAACAACUCAGUGAGGGAGAGCCUGAAAUGGAAUGAUGAUUCUAGCGUGGGAACAUGGGAUUUGAGCCGAAGUUUUAUCGCAAAUCGCUAUCCAGCUGCCCUCCAGCACGAUCAAACCACUUCUUCGAACCCAAUCGUCAACAUCGAAAACAACAACGGCAAGGUCGAAGGUCAUCCCCAAGCCGGUUCCUCCAACAUCAUUUAUUCCAAAGGAGGAAUUAUUCUGAAGAACAUUCGCUGCUUCCUCGGCGAUGAAGUUUUCUUCGGCGGCCUUCAGGAUUAUCUCGAAAAGUUCAAAUACAGCAAUCCUGAUUCUUACGAUUUGACUCAGGCCUGGGAAGACAAGCGAAAAUCUGUCGGAAAAGACACCGAGUCGGAAAAGUAUGACGAGUCGAUUUGCGAUGGAAUCGGAUUCAAUCAGAAAUCAGGCGUUUUGAUGAGCGGCAAAACGGUCGGAGAGCAUUGGGAUCCUUGGCUGCGGCAAAUGGGCUACCCGUUCCUGACCGUGAGCUAUUCUGAUGACUCAUCAAAAGCAGGAAUCAACGUCGAGCAAAAGCGAUUCCUCAACAACCCUGACGAUGACGCUUCCAAUCCGCCAUCGAAGCUUAACUACAAAUGGCCGAUUCCUCUCCAAACUGCGUUCAAAACGAACGGAGCGAUAAAAUACAUGGCUACUUGGAUCGAAAACGGCUCGAUCGACUUUGCUGAAACCAGCGACAUCGAUUUUGCGAUCGUCAACGCCGACUACGUCUCGUUUUUUAGAACAAAAUAUGAUGGGCAAAUCCUCGAAGAUCUGCUCAAUGUUCUCUCCGUUGAUCAUACCGAGGUCCCAUCUUUCUCCCGCGCUAAUUUUGUCGCUGACUAUUUCGCCUUCGCCGAGAAUAAGCCACUCACCGGAGUUGACAUUACUGACACUUUUGAGUACACAAGCUUCAUGGCAGAAGAAACUGACUUUGUAGUCUGGAAGAUCUCAUUGGUUCAAAAAUACUACGACAACUUUGGCUACAGCGUUGACUUGUCGAAGAUUGUUGACAUGGAUCGGGAGGCGAUGAAUUUGGCUCUGCUCAUGUCCUGCCAAUAUGGGAACGCUGAUUGCUUGGCCAACUCAAAGUCGUUGAUUGAAAAAUACGACGGAAGUCUUCAAAAUGAGCCUGAUCGAGAUCAAAAGCUCACUGCUUAUUGCUAUGGAAUCCAAGAAUCCGGCCAGGGAGAAUGGGACAAGCUCUGGGCAAGCUACGCAACCGAGCAGAAUGCGAAUGAGCUGUACUCAAUUCGAUACGGUCUUGCCUGCUCCAAGGACCCCGCUACGAUCAAAAACUGGCUGCAGCUUAUCAAAGGCGAUGAUAUCCGAACUCAAGACAAGCAUACUGCCAUCAAUCAAGUUUCAGGAACAGAAGUCGGAAGAGACCUCGUCUGGGAGUUUAUUGAAGAAGAAUGGCAAUGGAUCAAGGACAAAACUCUCCAAGAAUCCUGGACUCGCGCUUCUUCCAUCAUUUCUACUUGCACGAGCACUUUUUCCACCGCCGAGCUGAAACAAAAAGUCGCUGCUUUUCGAAGCGCAAAAUCAGCUGACAUCAAACAAAUGGGGCUUGAAGGCACAUUCGAUAAUGUCAUGACUACAAUCGACAAGAACAUCAAGUGGCGAGAAGAGAACGAGCAGAACAUUGUCAACUGGAUCAACGAGAAUGGAAAUGCUGGUGGAGAUAGCGGAGAUGCGGCUGCUAUGGCUGCUUCUGUCUUUUUUGUUCUCGCUUCGAUUUUGCUUUAG